UUGGUAGACUUUGUUUUCAAUUUAUUUUUCGGGUCUUAAUUUACAUUUUAUAGCUUUGAGUUUGUUGCCUAUUUUUUAUAAGACCCAGAAUUUGGUUUUGGGUUUUAAUAAAUUUUCCCAUAAAACAAAUAAUUAGCCCAUGGUCAACUUUGAUGUGACUUUGUUGAUGAAUUUGACAUGAUUUUUGUUUCUACUGCUUAUUCAAAUGUUUUAGUAUUUUAUUAGCUUUUUUUUCUUUUCAAAAUUAGGUUGGUGGGUUUUUUUUUUCUUCUUUGUAUUACCAGUCAAACUUAGAAAAUAUUCUGAUUAAUUCCAGUCUAUCAUGCUUUUUCAUUGAGGCUUUGAGUUGAAGUUUCAUGGGUUUCCUUGAAGUUUGCUUUACAAUUUGAUCAACAUAAUAAUAAUCCUUAAGAGGGUGAAAUAUAAUUUUAGUUCUUGGUCCAUCUCUUGUUGGGCGUUCAGAAUUUUUCACUUUUUCUGGAUAUAACUUAUUUUGGGUGUUUCUUUUGUUUAUCUGUUAUAAUUUUGAACCCAUUAUGGACGCAAAAACAAGUGUGGAAUCUAAUAGUUUCUUGAGGAUGAAGCAAUCUGAUGGGGGAAACCAAGAUUUGGUCUCGAAAUUGAAGGGUAAAGGGAGUCUUAGCAGCAAAGAAUUGAUGCUGAGAGCUGAUAAAUUCGAUCUAAAGAGCCUUGAUAUUCAGCUGGAGCAAAAGCUGAAUCAGGUUUGGUGUAAGGCACUGCAAACAGAAAGGCCUAAGGAAGAAUGGGAGAUUGAUUUGUCGAAGCUGGAGCUAAAGAAUGUUGUUGCCCAUGGCACCUAUGGCUCAGUCUACCGAGGAACGUAUGACAACCAAGAUGUUGCAGUGAAGCUCUUGGACUGGGGAGAAGAUGGUAUGGCCACUGCUGCAGAUUCCGCUUCACUACGAGCAUCAUUUCGACAAGAAGUUGUGGUUUGGCAAAAGCUUGACCAUCCAAAUGUUACCAAAUUUGUUGGGGCCUCCAUGGGAACAUCAAAUCUCAAAAUUCCUUCAAAGAACUCCUCACAAGAUGUUCCUCGCUCUCUUUCGUCGAGAGUAUGUUGUGUUGUUGUUGAGUACAUUCCUGGAGGGACUCUCAAGCAGUUCUUGAUAAGGAAUAGGAGGAAAAAGCUUGCCUAUAAAGUUGUGAUAAAGCUUGCUUUAGAUCUUGCUAGUGGUCUAAGCUAUCUACAUUCGAAGAAGAUUGUUCAUCGUGAUGUCAAAACUGAAAAUAUGCUGCUAGACUAUGAAAGAACAGUAAAAAUAGCUGACUUUGGUGUUGCACGCGUGGAAGCUCAAAAUCCAAGUGAUAUGACUGGUGCUACUGGUACUUAUGGUUAUAUGGCGCCAGAGGUUCUUGAUGGACAACCUUAUGAUCAUAAAUGUGAUGUCUACAGCUAUGGCAUUUGCUUAUGGGAGAUUUACUGUUGUGCUAUGCCAUAUGCAGAGCUUAGUUUUAGUGAAGUUUCAUCAGCUGUGGUUGCACGGAAUUUACGACCACAAAUUCCUAAAUGUUGCCCGAACCCCUUAGCAAACAUUAUGAAGAGAUGUUGGGAUGCAUCUCCAGAGAAACGUCCUGAGAUGGAUGAGGUGGUGAGAAUGCUCGAAGCAGUAGACACUAACAAAGGGGGAGGGAUGCUACCGGAAGAUGAAACUCCUAGCUGUUUUUGCUUUGGUCAUGCUCGUGGUCCAUAAUUUCUAUAUAGUGCCAAAUGCUUCUGUUGUACACAUUUGGAUUGAAAUUCUUUAUGGCAGAGUGGCACAUAGCUAUUUUGGGACCACUUAGUCUUUUAAGAAUCAUGAUUUUAGAUAUGUUUGUGGUACAUAGUUAGAUGCUAGGUUGUCGAUUGGACAUGUUUGGUUUACUUUGGUCACUAUUGGUGUUCCUAGGAAGUUUUGGGUGUGAAGUAAAUACUAUUCUUAAGACAUUGAUUUUACUAUACGAGCUCUUGUUCUGCUCUGUAUAUACAAGUGCAACUUUUUAGAACUUUUAGAACUUGUAAACAUCUUUAUGGAAAAUAAAAAAGAGAUAUAUUGGUGUGGUU